AUGAGAAGUUCCUCUCCUUCACCUGGGGUCUUGAACCCUGCAGACGACAUCGAAGCCCGCGAGGAUCAACCCCUCCUCCGCGCCCCAGAUGAAGAUUCAUGGAAACCCCCACGGGGCUUCAUCUGGAUCCAACUGGCUAUCAUGUCCAAUGUGUUUCUCUACGGACUUGAUAGUACUAUCACCGCUGCAACCUACGCCGUCAUCAGCUCCGAGUUUGACGCCGCCAACACGGCAUCGUGGUUGACCACGUCGUAUCUCGUCACCAGCACUGCCUUUCAACCCCUAUACGGAAGGGUUUCUGAUAUUUUUGGUCGUCGGUUAUGCUUCUUUAUCUCAACAAUCACUUUUGCUGCCGGAUGCCUUGGGUGCGGUGUGGCCAACAAUGUGAUCUUUCUCAACUGCAUGCGGGCACUGACGGGUUUUGGCGGAGGAGGAUUGAUGACCAUGGCCACCAUCGUCAACUCAGAUAUGAUCCCAUUUCGAAAGCGAGGAAUGUACCAAGCCCUUCAAAAUGGCAUCUUCGGUUUCGGUGCCAUCGCCGGUGCAUCUUUCGGAGGCUCAAUCGCAGACCACAUUGGUUGGCGAUGGUGUUUUCUCCUCCAAGUUCCAGUGUCCAUCGUGGCUUUCGUGAUUGGGUAUCUCGUUGUUGCCAAUCAGCCCGGAGGUUUCUCUCUCGACAGCGGACUGGGUGCCGUCUGGAAGAGGGUUGACUUCUCUGGCUCAUUGCUGCUGGUAGUUGCUGUCUCAGUUCAGCUCGUUGGCCUGAGCCUUGGAGGCAAUGAGCUGCCCUGGACUAGCCCCUGGGUUAUCGGCUCAUUGGUUGGCAGUGUUGCCCUCUUCGCUUUGUUUCUCCUAGUUGAAGCGAGGACGAGUGCUAUCCCGGUGAUUCCUCUACGUUUACUCCAGGGGAGACUACCUAUAGCAACGCAAGCCGCAAACGUGUGUGCUGGCAUGGCCGCUUACGGUUAUCUCUUCAUGCUCCCACUCUUCUUCCAAGCCGUCCUACUCGACUCAGCCACCACGGCUGGCGCCCGACUUGCAAUUCCUUCGCUUGCCACCCCAAUUGGCGGUGUCAUCGCUGGCAUCGUCAUGUCUCGCUGGGGCAGGUUGAUUGCUCUUGUCCGCACAGGGGCUUUUCUCAUGGUAGUGGGUAAUGCUCUGGUAACUUCACUUGGGUUUGAAGACUCCACGUGGAAGUACUUUGUGUUUGUCUUUCCUGCAAACUUUGGCCAGGGGAUCAUCUACCCUGGUAUUCUCUUUACCUCUCUUGCUUCGUUUGACCAUGCCGGAACCGUCUGGGGUGUUUCAGUCACCUCAGCCAUUGUGCAAACUACGCUCAGCGUCCGGUUGCCGGACGCACUGAGCGAGGUAUCAGAUAAAUGGAGAAUCAUCGAUCAAAUUCGACACUCGGUCGACUCUAUCCGCCACCUCCCGCCGGAUAUUCAGCUCAAGGCACGCCUUGUCUAUUAUGAUGGUCUCAAGUACGCUUUUGGAGCUUCGACUGCGGUGGCUUUGCUUGGAUUCUGCGCUGCCUUGAUUGCCAGCGGAACUGGCCUUCGAACCACCCACAAGUAA